GGGGACCUUGUUUUGUAAGUCUGUGGGUAUUGGGAGUAGCAGUGUCCCUUCGUGUUGAGUGGGGGACGUUUAAAUGUUCGAUAUUCACCUGGAAAAUCUGAAGGGACAAUAAUGGCACUACCACUACACUUGAGCAUUGUUUUAACGUUUUUGAUAUGUGUAUCAUAUAGCUUCGUUUCGUCAGACAGUGGCACACCUUCAGGUGUGGAUUAUAAUACAACUGAAAGUAUUACUCCGACAAAGAGACGAGACUCUGCAACUAAGCCAAAUAUAACCCCGAGCAAUAACAGCAUCAGUGCACCCGCCGUCAGACUGACAUCUGCAACUACCGAAAAGUUGCGGACAACUAGACCACCUCAAACGAGCACCAACUACAGUUUUAACACUGAAGAUUUGAAUGAAGGCAUUGACAAGAACGUGGAAAAAAGAUUAUGGAAAAAAGAGUUUGAGGAUGAACCACUUGAAUUAGAGUGCCCUCCUCUGGGGCUGGAGUCUCUCAGGGUGAAGGACACGCAGCUGAGAGCCUCGUCCUACAAGCGCCGUGGGCUCGGCCCUCACCGAGGUCGACUCAACAUCCAGUCGGGACUAGAGGACGGAGAUAUAUAUGAUGGGGCCUGGUGUGCCCAAUAUGAGGACAAGAAACAGUGGCUGGAGGUGGACGCCCUGCGACCCACCCGCUUCACCGGGGUCAUCCUCCAGGGGCGCAGUUCCAUCUGGAGCUGGAACUUCGUGGAGACUUUCAAGGUACAGUUCAGUAAUGACACGCUGAUCUGGAAGUCGGCUAUGAACGGAUCUGAAGAGGCGAUUUUCCAGGGGAACCAGGACACUGAAACCCCAGUGUUGGCCCUGUUUAACGAGUCAUCAACCGUGGCACGUUACAUCCGCAUCAAUCCUCAGACCUGGCACGAGAACGGAACCGUCUGUCUGAGAGCCGAAGUCCUGGGCUGUAAACUACCUGAUCCCAACAACAUCUAUGCUUGGCAGCAGACGGAGCAAAGCUCCCACGACAAGUUGGACUUCAGACAUCACAACUAUAAGGAGAUGAGGAAACUCAUGAAGUCAGUGACUGAGGACUGCCCUGACAUUACACGCAUCUACAGCAUCGGGAAAAGCCAUAUGGGCCUGAAGAUGUACGUCAUGGAGAUAUCAGACAACCCUGGAAAGCAUGAGCUGGAGGUCAAGCCAGGCUUUAAGUUGAAUGUUCUACUGGCUAAGACUUUAAGUGGCCCGAGACAUGUUUUUUACAACCUGCCCACUGAGUGGAUGAACAACCGAGAGUCUCUACUGGUCUACAUGGAGCAGGUCCACAGAGGAAUCAAAGGGGUGGUCAGAGACAAAGACACGGAGGCCGGCAUCGCGGACGCUGUGAUCAAAGUGGAUGACAUCGACCACCACGUUAGAUCAGUCGCUGAUGGGGACUACUGGCGCCUGCUAAACCCCGGAGAGUAUGAAGUCACCGCAAGCGCAGAGGGCUACAACCCGUCCACGCGCCAGUGCCAGGUUAUGUAUGACCACUACCCCACCGUGUGUGACUUCCGCCUCACCAAGACCCCCAGACAGAGGCUGAAGGAGAUGCUGGCCAAGGGGAUCAAGCCUCCCAAAGACCUGCAGAUUAGACUGCGGCAGCUGCGUCUGCGAAAGCUGAGAGCAAGCACCAAAACAAUAAACCGCAGGCGUGCGGCUGCUAGCAGGAGGGUACGCAGUCUGGGAUCUUGACCUCGAGUUCUGUCAACCACAACACACAAUGUCUGGAAAAUGCUUUUAUUACAUUGUGAUGAAACUUCCUGGUAUAAGUCAGUGUGUGCGUUUUUUUAGGGCGAGGCUACUAAAGGUCAGAACAAGAAAUGUCAUGGGGACAUUUUCCUGAAUUGCAUUUUCCUUCCGGUAAGGUUUAGUGAUUUAUUGCUGAAAGAAAUAUGCUUUUAUUUACAUAUUAUAAUCCAAUUUUACCAAAUAAAUGCAAGACGAAUUUGGCAUAGACUUUUAAACUUUGAAGCUUGAAGGUUUUUGUUCCAUCUGGCACCAUUUUGACAUUGGUCUUCCUUUAUUGUAGAAUGUCGUACAUUUAUAUGUUAAUACAGAAAACACCACGUAUUUGGUUUAACCAUUUAUUUUAGAACUUAUGUACAGCAAUGUACAUACUAUGUCUUGUU